GAAAAGAAAAUGGAAUUUUUUACGUUUCUUUCUCGGGUGUUCUUGCUAGUACUUUGUUUUUACUCCGUGGAAUCUGUAUUCAAACACAAUGUUACGCCUGAUUGUGCUGCCUCAGAGACGGAAUGCUCUUUCGACUUUCACGUGGAUUACAUCACGAGUAUGGUAUCAUACAACUUGUCCACUGGUGAAGGAUGCCCGGUUUUUGUACGAAACGGAACCUUUUUCAAGAAAUGUUCCAAUGAUGUCAUGUCUAUAGAUUGCCCUUGUGUUGAGGUUCCAUUGACAAACAAAGAAAUGGAAGAUGUGAUCACAGCGGAUGGGAACUAUAAAUUCAUGUUUGCCAUAAACAACCAAUUCCCGGGGCCAACAAUUGUUGUAUAUGAGAAUCAAAAGGUUAAAGUUCAUAUCCACAAUGACCUUAUGAAUGAAGCAGUGACCUUUCACUGGCACGGAAUGUUCCAGAAGGAUACACCGUGGAUGGAUGGCGUCUCUAUGUUAACUCAAUGCCCUAUAUUGCCAGGACAGACCUUUACUUACGAGUUCAUAGCUAAUCCACGAGGAACACAUUGGUACCAUUCACAUCAUGGAGCCAUGAGAACUUCCGGUCUAGCUGGUGCCCUGAUUGUACUUCCCCGCGAAAAAACAGAUAGAGACGAUAUUCCAAAGGUAGAUAACGAUGUUGUUUUUAUGGUGCAAGAAUGGAAUUCUAAGAUGAGUGAUGUUCAGCUUCCCAACAUUCAGGAGUGGUAUAUGCUAUCGUUCUCACAAAACCUUGAUACAGAUAAUUGUGUGACAACUAAACGAAACUAUGACGGAACAAUAUCUACUUUAGCAGGUCCCUACAAUAAUGCGCUUGUGAACGGUAAAACUAGAUAUUUUUCUGGACAACAUACUGAGAUGCAGCGUUCAUUGCCACUGGAGGUUUUUAACAUAUCAUCCGAGACUUAUAAUAGAUUCCGUCUUAUUAACUCUGGUAUGACUGGUAGCUUCAAAAUUUCAAUCGACAGCCACCAGAUUUUACUGAUUGCCUCGGACGGUGCAGAUCUCGUUCCCGUUGAUAUCGACUUCCUCCUGAUUAAUCCCGGAGAAACUUAUGACGUCAUUCUGUAUGCCAAUCAAACAGCUGGAAACUACUGGAUUCGAGUAGAAACAACGGCGGUCAUGGAUGUACAUUUUAACCCAUUAAAACAAAAUGUAAGCUUUACUCACCUUCACUACGAAGAAGCAAAAAAUGAACUUCCCGAAUCAGAAGAGAGAAAAUGUUCCGUGAAAGAACCGUGUAUAAUGGCCAAUUGUCCCUGGAGUCCAGAGAGCUUGGCAAAUAUAGAACCAUCUAUCAAGUGUCUUUCGAUAUCAGACUUGAAGGCCUCGUCUUCAAGCAGCAACUCUAACCCUGUAUCCAUUCCAGAAAGUCCAGACGAUUUCCAAGAGAUUUUUCUCAAUUUUCAUUUUACAGGGAGUGAUGUUAAGCGUCCCCGCCCAGCAGUUAAUACAAUCCAUUAUAAAUCCCCACCAACUCCACUACUGAUUAAUCCAGAUAUUGCAAAAGACGAGAGCAUUGUAUGUAACAACGAACACAUGGAUCACUGUGGAGACUACUGUCAAUGUACUCACGUCGUAAAACUGGAAACCAAGAAAACCACACAGCUCUUGUUCUUAUUGCGGUACGGCCUGCAGACAGGGACCUCGCAUCCCGUUCACCUUCAUGGAAAUCGCUUCCAUGUUCUGAAAAUUGGUCAUGCAGUUUUGAACAAAACUACAGGGUUUGUACAAGAUGCAAACCAAGACAUCAAAUUUUCGAAUAAUUAUAGCAAAGCAAAAUGGCGGGAUUCAGGCUGGAAGAAUGGUAACGCACCAAAUCUGAACACAGAUAACCCACCACUAAAGGAUACUGUGGUGGUACCAAACAGAGGUUACGUUGUGGGGCGGCUACAAACGGAGAACCCAGGAUUUUGGCUUCUCCAUUGCCACCUUGAAACUCACAUGAACAUCGGAAUGGUUGUAGUUCUACAAGUAGGCGAAGCAAAGGAAAUACCAGAAGUUCCCGCACAUUUUCCGAAAUGUUCUAACUACCGUCCAGACUCGGCCUUUUCACCUCCAUCUAAAUCUGUUAAACCGGAAUGGAAUCUUUAAAAUAUACAAUGAUUUUAACGACUUCUAGCUCUUCGUGGUUCACGACAGUGAAAAAUGGUAGAAAGCAGAAAGUAAAUGAUAACGUUUUGACAAUAAAGUACAAACUUUA